AUGUCUCUCAAGCCAUCUAAAAAAAACUUAUCCGGCAAACGACCGGCUGCCUCUGCCGCCUCAAAUGAUAAGGCAACCGGCCCACCUUUGGCCUCACCUGCUGAGGAUACGCCCGAUCGCCCGCGAAAAUCUUUCUUCUCCUUUAAAGCCUCAAGCAAGCGCUCUACUUCUCGACCAGCAGUUAAUCAUGAGCGGCCAGAUAAUUCUGCCGCCAUUCAGUUUCCUUCAGCUGGCGAACAGAGAACCCCUUCUGCACUGCCUUCAGCCAACCCUCCGUAUAAGCUAGAAAUCCCAGUCCGUAACCUGAGGACCUCGAUGCUCUUCAGUCAGCAAUUUGAUCUGAAGAAGCUCGGAAAUCCCGACGAGCCUCUCCAUCGCGAUCCCUCGCCGACUCCACUGUUGUCCGACACCUCAUCUAGGCCUACCCGCUCCUCUACUCGACCCGCAAGUUGGAUGAUGCUGAACGACGGGACAUAUGCUCCUCCUGCCAAAGCGCAAAUACAAUCUCGCUCCAAAAGUAACCAACACAGUCCAGAGACAUUUUACAAUGGCUCUCGUGUCCCGAACCGAUUCGAGAGUAGUGACGAAGAUAGUCCUCCGCAUGGCUCGGCUGCAGGUUGGAAUCGUUUGGCAGCUAUGCCACAGCCGCAGCAAUCGGCAAAGCUGAUGGGUGUUUUGGCCGGGUAUCAAAUGCAACCCACUCCUGUCCCCGUUGCAGCCGCCCAGGCCGCCCCGGGCCGGUUGCAGCCUCCUAUCUCGAUCCUCGCUCAGUCGGAUCCUCGGCCAGCUGUACCGCCCAGCUCAUCCCGCCCGGCUGUUCCACCCCUCAACCCAUCCCGCUUGGCUGGUCCGCCUGCCAGCCCAUCCCGCUCGGCUGGUCCGCCUGCCAGCCCGUCCCGCUCGGCUGGCCCACCUACCAGCCCUUCCCGCUCGGCUGUUUCACCCACCAGCCCUCAGUCUACUUAUUCUCCCCUCGCUGCUUUCUUGGGUCACGCUAAAUCCAAAGUCCCUGUAGUUUUGAAUAACCCUUCUGUUUCUCCUGCAGCUCAGAAUGUAUCAAAGCCCCCACCCUCUAGCAGUCUUUUGUCUGCCUUCUUGGGCAGCCAAUCAACUGCAGAAGAAAAAUCGCAGCUGUCCGAUGAGCAACCCGCAGCGCCUCCCAUCACUCGGCCAUCCCCAAAGCCUUCCACAUCGCACCCCAACGCUCUGUCAAGUGAAGGGACCUCACUUGCUCCUCUGAACGUCCAGUCGGCUGAAUUAUCUCCCAUCUCAGCCCCAACUCGGGCAUCCGAGCAAUCCUCUCUGGCGAAACGAUCGGCGAAUGAAGUCGCUUCAGAGCCGCAAACAAAGUCGCUUCCCUCCGGUUCGCCUGUCGGCAAACCUGAAUUGCCCAUUCCCAAGACUCCCGAGGCGACCUAUGCGAGUAGCGAACCUUCGCCGCCAGAACAUGUCCAAGCUGCAAAGCUCGAGACGACCAUUCCGUUGGAUACACCUGACACACCCGCCUCUAGUUCUUCGUGGCCAACCCCAUCUUAUUCAAGCUCUAUGCGCAGCGAAUCCGUCCUUGAUUCACCUCAACCAUCUACCACUCGCACCAGUCCCAUGGUGGCAGACUCGGCAUUACAACCCGCUCCGGUCAAACCCCCACGUUCAGCCAAGCGUGCUGGGUCCCGGAAGAGAUCGGUCGAGAAGGUUUAUCUGGAUUCGUGCUCUCAACAUUCUUCUUCAAGUAGUGACAACUAUUCCUCAGUCGGCGAUCUGGGCGCUGCCAAAGAUCGCAACCGCAAAGGCAGCUCUGACCUGUCGGGGGCAGUCACUGACCCAUCUUCGGCAUGCUCACAUUCGAGCUCCCCUUCCGCGAGGAAAUCCGAAGAACACAAACGUCGCAACCGCGAGGAGAGCGUGAGUGGACAGAAGGGGCUCUCGCAGGGUGAGUCGAAGUCUGAGGUACAUGCACCAGCGAACGAGCUUAAGGCCAAUGAAGGUGAUGAUAUCGAUGAGGUUUCAGAUGCGGUGGACGAGGAGGUCGAGGUGGAGGACGAGACCACUCGAUUGCCGAAGAUCAACUUUCAACAAUUGGUCUGUCAUCCUGAUAUCUUCCGCAAGAUCAUUGUCCACCUGGACUACUUGGAUUUUUUCUCACUCAGUCAGAUGAGCCAUGAGUUCCAAGAAGAACUUGAAGAUGAUCCGAGGUUGCGGGAAAUUAUCUUGAAAAGAUAUUUAUCCGCCUAUGGAUAUCGAAGUCUAUCGCUCCAAUUCAAGAUAGGACAUGGACAACGAGAACUAGUGACGAUCGGCUUGAAGGAUUUGGCCAACUUCUAUGCUGGCCUUGAAUUCGAGUCGCUCGAGUUAAUCGGAUUCGCCAAGCAAGCACUCAAGCCUAGAGGACUAGACUACCGCACCGCCAAGAUGAUUCGAUCCUCAACCAGGGCCCACAACAAGCUGGUUGCUUACGUUAGAGCUGUUGAGGAGCUCGAUCCAGUCCCAGCCACUUAUCGACAUGUCGGACGUUGGGAUGAACCUGUUUACCGCCCGGGCAAAGCGGCUCUUUUCAAGGUUUGGGUGCCUUGUGUCGACCAUUGGAUGUCGAACGAAGAGCUUGCGGAAUGCGAGCGGGAGCUAUGGAGAUCACAAAUCUGGUCGUACCUCAAAAAAGGGGACGUGUGUUGGAACCUGGCGAAUGGUGAUUUCGGUAACGAAGGUAAACUACUGUUCGAUGGCAGGUUCCUGAGAGAUCUGUUGUUUGAAUUCGAUGAUGUUGGUCAUCUACCAUCAUGGCUAAACAUGCUAGACUUCCCACCAUCAUACUUCCACAAGAUUAUCUCCAGUUCGACUUCAUCGCCCAUAUUCUAUUUAGACCUAUCGAGUUUCAAAGAAGAGGUCAAAAGAACUUUGCAAUUAAGCCAGGACAAGAUUGAAGUGGCCUCCCCGCAAGCACGAUACCACGUGCAGAGAUGGGUCUAUCGAUCUGUCAUCAAGAUUCCUCGCGGACAAUGGCAAGGUCAUGUGGUGAUUGAAGUUGACGGUACGAGCGAACACGCCAAAGAUUUACUCAGGAGGUGCUGCGUUGGUAAUGACGGCUCGAAAAAAGCAACUCCGUGGCGAAUCAUCAGAGAAAAAAGUAGGCCAGGAAAAUUAUGGAUAAGACCGGUCAAUCAAGAGGAAAGAAAGGCUUGA